UAGACACUUGUUAGUCACACAAAAAAGUCGUAAAAAUAGGUAUCUUAUUGGAUAAAAUGGCGGAAAUCACCGAAAUUCUAACGGACGACGAAGUCUUGGAAAUAAUAAGUGUUUGCAAAGAUGUUCCCGAGACAUCAAACGUCACUGUACUCGAAUGGGGAACCUCAACAUUGAGCGAAGAAGUAACCGGCUUUCUUGGAGAGCAUUUAAAACUAACAAUUAAAGCAAAAAUCGACAACGACCAAAUCGUGAAUGAAUCAUUUUUCAUAAAAACUUUACCAUUUCGUGCCAAAGACAGAAGAUUCGUUGAAGAAAUUGGAGUUUUACGAAAAGAAGUGCAUUUGUAUGUGAAUGUUCUCAACGAAAUGCCAAAAUAUGACGAAAAAUCGCACUGGAGUCCGGAAUGUUAUUACGCUCGAGAUGAUUUACUUGUGCUUGAGGACUUGUCUGUGAAGGAUUUUCAUCUUUUACCUCCUGAAAUUGAAUUUACGGAUGAUCAUAUGAAAGUUGCUCUCAAAUCGUUGGCUAUGAUGCACGCUAGCAGCAUAAAUUUCGAGAAAAAUGUCGUGAAAAAACCUUUAAAUGACAUUUAUGACGGAAUGUUGUAUGAAGUGACGGUUGCACGAAGAAAUAAUUGGUUCCGAACGGGAUUAAAAGCAAUUGAACAAGUCGCCCUUCAACGUACCAGAUACAAAUAUAUGGCAGAAACGAUCAAAAAGAAAUUUUAUGAUGCCAUGAACGUCGUUUUUGACAUGGUCGACAACGAAUUAAUUCCUCCAGACUUUUUAUGUGUCAUUUCUCAUCGAGAUCUGUGGCGCAAUAAUUUAAUGUACAAGUUUGCGAGGUCCGAAGACGACGAAGAAACCUUAAAUUACAAUGCACCACUUGAAGCUGUGUUAAUUGACUUUCAAAUUGCGCGUUAUUUGCCUCCAGCAGUCGAUAUCCUGAUGCUCCUGUAUUUACUUCAAAGAAAUAAUGAUCGAAAAUCUCGGUAUGACGCACACAUUUCACACUAUUACGAAUGCAUGAAAGAUGCUUUGGCGCACUUUGGACUCGAUAUCGAGAGCAUUUUUCCAUUUGAGGAACUUUGGAGGACUUGUGAGCAUUUUCAAUUACUUGGAGCUGUACUAAAGGGAGUUUUUCUGCCAAUGACCCAUUUGCCCAAAGGAGUUAUCGAUGAUAUUCAUAAAAAUGCUGAUGCGUACAGGAAGUUUAUUGCAGUAGACCGAACGGAGACAAUUUUGCAUUACAUCGAUACAGAUGAAUAUUUUCGUAACUGGAUGAUUGAAGCUGUCGAAGAACUAAUUGAAAUUACUUUAAUACAUUAA